GCUCUAACAUGUCUCUUGAAUUGUUACAUUUAAUUUAUGCCGUUGUUCUUCUAAUAUUUUAACUAUAAUGAAGUGUGUGUUUGAAGCAUAUAUUCUAUGUGUUAACCUAAAGGCGUCAUUUGUAAAGGUUUUCCGUAUGCGGACACCAGCAGAAGCUGUAGAAUUGGUGUCAGUGUUACUUGAAUACACUCCAUCACUUAGGGUGUCUCCGUUACAAGCUUGUGCUCAUGCAUUUUUCGAUGAGCUAAGAGAUCCGCUCCAUAGAUUACCAAAUGGACGAUCAUUACCUCCACUAUUCAAUUUUACACAAUUAGAAUUGAGUGCAGCUGGGCCUUUGAAAUCUGCUUUGAUACCCAAGCAUUUAAAAGAUUCUUUAGGAAGCGGAAAUGAAGCAUCUGCAGCUAGUGGUGGUCCAUCUACUCCAGAGAAUAUUAAUCCAGACAGUCCAAAUCACCCUUCUUCAUCGACUACUUCCAGGCAACCUUCAAAUGAAAUAGUGUAAAAG